AUGAACGGCCUUGACCCUGAAAGUUUGCCAAAUUGUCAUUAUUACGAGAAAGAAAAUAUUCCCGAGACCCAGCAAGACGAAUACCCAGACCACAGAAAUGGGGGAAAAGGAACAGAGAAAGACGACUUAGACAACAAUUCUAAAUCUGGUUCUGACGACAACUCCAAUAACAUUCCUAACCAAAGGGGAGAAAAUAAUAACGAAUUGCCCCCAGAUAUCCAAGAAAUUGCUAACCUUUCGCUCCCCCAAGCUAAGCAAAAAGCCGAGCAAGAAAUUGAAAAAUUACUAAAAGACAAUGCUAUCUCGGGACAGCAAUUAGACACGAAAAACUUCGGCGAAACUGAAUUUACCUACCAAAUGCAACAACUUAUUUUGAAACAAGCUUUAAGUAAGAAAACUUCUGCCACAGGGCAGGAAAAACCUAAGAAGAAUGGUUUAGUAAAACCAAUAGUUAUAUUAGUUCUUUCGCUCCUAGCCCUAAGCACUUUAAUAAUAAUUGUUCGCAAGAGAAGACAAAAAAGAUUUUAA